AUGAGCGAGGUGUCACCGAAUGGCCCUAAACAGCAGCGAAAACAAGAAAGGGAAAACGAUGAAAGGACAGCCGCAAUGGUCCUGAAAGAUAAGCUAAAGAAGGAUCUGAAGAGAGCAAAGAGCCUUGCGAUGCACCAAGUUAUUAACGUUCCAAACGUUAUCACAGCUGCCCGAAUUUUUUCCACGCCCUAUCUUGUGUAUCUUAUUGUCCAAGGAGACCACGUCUCAGCUAUCGCUUUGCUAGCAGCAGCUGGAGCCUCCGACUGGUUGGACGGAUUUAUCGCAAGAACCUUCCACCAGGAGUCCAUUUUGGGCUCGUUCCUGGAUCCCUUUGCAGACAAGUUGCUUAUUGGCGCUUUGUCUUUCAGCAUGAUGUGGACAGGGCUGCUUCCAUUGCCUUUAGCUGCGCUUAUUUUGGGUCGUGACGGAAUGUUGAUUGGAGGCACGUUUUACUACCGAUUAUCGACGAAAGAGGAGUCUUCUGGUUUUUUCGAUACGGCGGAUAGCGGAUCUUUUCAAGUUAAACCGUCCGCCUUAAGCAAGAUGAACACGGCACUUCAAUUAGCAACCUUCGGGUUUGCGCUGACCAACGCGGCAUGGCAGAUGCCCUCUGACUUUGCGAUGAAAAUGAUUUUCGUCGUCGUAGGCACAACAACAUUACUUUCAGGAUCUGAGUACUUAUACGGGUAUUUGACGAAGACAGGUGCUUUCAGACCUUUGCCAAGACCUGUCAAGCGGCCACUUUGCAAGGCGGUACAGCGCACCGAGGCAGUUGUUAAGCGCACUAAGGAGGUAAUGGGGUCCUCUUCUCAUAAGGUGGCCCCGCAUACGAAGGGUCGGCAGAAAAAGUAG